GUCACCAUCCUCGGGCCGCUGGAUGGGCGGAGUUUUCACUUUUAGUCCAAUGAUAGUGUGUACGGAAGUGAUUCAACGCGGGUGUUUAUCGAUGUUGCAAACAGCUGAGAACACGAGAAAAGAGUCGUUCAGAUGAGCGGUAAGGAGGAUGGACUUUACUGAGUGUUACAGCGACACGGUGUCCAGCCUUGCCGUGGCAGCACGCGAGAGCAAUGUCAGGCGUGUGAGCUUACUGAUCCAGAGAGGCUGCAGUGUGGACAGCAGGGAUAACCGUGGUUGGAACGCUCUCCACGAGGCUGCAGCCGCCGGAACCAUCGUAUGUGUGCAACAGCUACUUAAGGCUGCCGAAGGAGCCUCCAGUGGUUGCCGUGCCUACGUGGGCUCUCUGACACAUGAGGGUGAGUCGGCGUUGUAUCUGGCCGUGCAACGCAGACACCUGGCCGUGGUCAAGCUCCUCCUCAGAGCACACGCUGACAUCAACCAGCCAACCAAUGACCUGUCCUGCCCUCUCUACGCAGCAGUAGACUGUGGGCACACAGAUAUCGUGGAGUUGCUGGUGCGGAAAGGGGCAGAGGUUAACGGAACACACACGGCCUCCUGCUGGACCUGCCUUCAUCAGGCUGCCUAUAAAGGUCACAGUGACAUUGUGCGUAUCCUGGUGGGCGUGUGUCGCCUGGAGGUGUUUGACGAUCACAUGAUCACUCCCCUGUUUGUGGCUGCACAGUACGGACAAAAGCAGUGUCUCCAGAUCCUCGCUGACGCAGGUGCCAAUGUGAACGCCCAGGCCUCAGACUUGGCAACACCGCUGCUGAUUGCAUCACAGGAGGGCCACGAAGGCUGUGUGGAGAUUCUUCUGGACCACAAUGCCAACCCAAAUCUGUCUUGUUCCAACAACUGGCCACAGCUCCCCAUCCACGCAGCUGCCGAGUUCGGCCACAACACUAUCCUGGCCAGGCUCAUUGCUGUGACACACCGGGUGUGUGACCGUGGAGAGGGUGAGUUGAGUCCGCUGUACUCUGCUCUGAAGAACAAUCACAGCCACUGUGUAGAUCUGCUGCUGAGGGCCGGCUUCAGCCCAGACGCCCAGGACUGUAGCUCCCUCUUCAGCUCAGACACCACAUCGCCGCUUGCCUUCACACUGGCCUUGAAAUGCACAUCCUCCCAGCCCUUUAGCGAUUCGGCACGCUUGCUGGUAGCCGCAGGGGCCACUUUGACUGGGCGGGAAUGGCUCUACAUUCUGGCCAUGUGCAAAUCCGAUGUGUUGCAGUAUGUCUUACAACAAAGGAGCAUCCCCAGACCAGAUCAGCUAAGCAGGACCAUCUCGCUCUGCUCUAGGCCAGAGCAGCAGAGCAACAGCCCACUCAGUCCAGAAGAGUUGCGUGGGCUGGUGUGUGAGGCGCUCGGCAUGGUAUGCCAUGCUUCCUACUGGUUGCCCACGCUACUUCAGGCAGGCCUGGAGCCCUCCCUACUGUUGCAGAGACCUUACGCCCUGAGGAAGGCAGACAGUGAGGUUUUGAAUUACUUCCUCCAGUUUGUCAAUUGGUCGACUCUCUCUCACCCACUAAAGGAGAUACUGCUACCCCGAAAGGAGAGCACCUGGAGGCCACAUUACGAGUGUGUGCCAUCUCUCUCUCACCUCUGCAGGCUGCGAGUCAGGGAAGAGUUAGGUUCAGUGGUUCUGAUGCAGACAGCUGUGGUCCGACAGCUUCCUCUUCCCCCUCCACUGCAGAUAUACCUCCAGUUCAGAGAUAUCCCACCACCCUCGCACGCAACAACAGUCCCACAGGGAGGGUUUCUACAGCGACUAUAACAAUGACAUAGAGGGCUUCAUAUAAUCUGCCACUGAAGAGAUGUCCUCAAUUAAAAAAAUAUCCACACACACCCAGUUCCCUAUGCACACACCCCAGUUCCCUAUGCACACACCCCAGUUCCCUAUGCACACACCCCAGUUCCCUAUGCACACACCCCAGUUCCCUAUGCACACACCCCAGUUCCCUAUGCACACACCCCAGUUCCCUAUGCACACACCCCAGUUCCCUAUGCACACACCUGUUCUAUGUUUCUGUUCUGUUGAUGUGUGAUUUUGGAAUAGAUCAGCUCUAUUUCAACACUGAUGUUGGUGAAAAUGAAUAUUUUUGUAUUCUUUGUAGAAUUGCCUGUAUGGCUUGUUUUGAUUAUUGUUGAUUAAAACAAAGUAUCAAGCUG